UGUACAUGAUAUAACGUUAUUUAAAUUUUUGAAUAGUCUUACCAACAUUAAAAUACCAUGUACAUCAUUAGUUGCUCAGAACUUUAAAUUCUGACUAUAAAAUAGAGACGUAUUCCCAAUCAGGGAGGAGAUCCGGAAGCUUUUAUCAUUUCCAGGAGAUUUUAAAACAAGCUUUCUUGUUGGUUGGGUUAGCGUCAAAUGCAAGUUUUAAUGAUUCAGCAAAUGGUUGACCAAAAGGGAUUUGUGUGUUUAGGAGGAAAAAAUUGAUCUAUUUUCUGCGUGCAGGUAACAUAUUUUAAAUGUGGUGGAGUCUCACUUGGUGUUGGUAUGCAACACCAUGUAGCGGAUGGGUUUUCUGGGCUCCACUUUGUGAACACAUGGUCAGAUAUGUCUCGGGGCCUUGAUCUUACCAUUCCGCCGUUCAUAGACGGCCGGACCCUACUCCGUGCGCGCGACCCGCCUAAACCUGCAUUCCAGCACGUCGAAUACCAGCCGGCUCCGCUGAUGAAGACCCCUGUCCAAUCCACAAAAUCCGGUACCGAUAGCACAAUAGUCUCAAUGUUUAGAAUAACCCGAGACCAGUUGAAUACGCUCAAAGCCAACUGCAAAGAUGAUGGCAACACAGUCAACUACAGCUCGUAUGAGAUGCUGUCUGGUCAUGUGUGGAGAUGCUCAUGCAAGGCACGUGCGCUUCCCGACGAUCAAGAGACCAAAUUGUAUAUCGCGACCGACGGACGGUCCAGAUUGCGUCCUCCGCUCCCGCCCGGGUACUUCGGGAACGUGAUUUUCACUGCCACGCCAAUGGCCUUGGCGGGUGAUCUCCUGUCCAAACCAACAUGGUACGCUGCGAGCAGGAUUCACAACGCAUUGAAACGGAUGGACAACGAUUAUUUGAGAUCAGCCCUUGAUUAUCUUGAGCUUCAGCCCGAUCUAUCGGCUCUUGUUCGCGGGGCCCACACUUUUCGGUGUCCAAAUCUUGGCAUAACAAGCUGGAUCAGGCUGCCGAUUCAUGAUGCUGAUUUUGGGUGGGGCAGGCCCAUAUUCAUGGGGCCAGGUGGGAUUCCGUAUGAGGGGUUGUCGUUCAUGAUACCAAGUCCAACCAAUGACGGCAGCUUAUCAGUUGCAAUAGCUCUACAAUCUGAACAUAUGAAAGUGUUUGAGACAUUGUUAUAUGAGAUCUGAGGAAGAUGAAACGCCCUGCCGUGGUUUCUUUCCUUCUUUCCUAUGCCAUGCCAAAAAGUUUUCCGGAGGUGGUUGUGUUCCUUUUCCCUAGUGCUUCUCGCCUCUCUCUUCAUACAUAAUUUGUACCAUUGAAAUCUGACUUGUUUAAACUGUGAAGUGGACUUAGAAACAAGUGUAUCUUUUUAUUUAAUAUUGAAUUCACAGGAAGCAUAAUCA